AGGUGACGAUGAUUACAUAAUUUCAGUUUAUCUCGUUUCAUUGUUUUUAUAAUUGGUGCAACGCCGCUCAUGCAUAAAAUUCGUUUCAAUUAUGAUUCAUUUGUUCGAUUAUAAAUUUAGCGAUGUCUUCCGCGUUACGGGAUCUUGAUUUAUCUGAUUCAGAAUCAUGCGUGGGUUACGUUUUCGGAGUAUCGGGGCCAGUCGUUACGGCGGAAAAAAUGUUAGGAGCUGCAAUGUACGAAUUAGUGCGUGUCGGUCACUCAAAAUUGAUAGGAGAGAUAAUUCGUCUCGAUCGGGACACGGCAACGGUCCAGGUUUAUGAAGAAACAAGCGGUUUGACGGUCGGGGAUCCCGUUUUGCGUACCAAGAGUCCUCUUUGCGUAGAACUGGGUCCUGGUAUUCUUGGAAGUAUUUUUGACGGGAUCGAACGACCGUUGAAAGAUAUCCACGACUUAACAGGCUCGAUUUACAUACCAAAGGGUAUAGCUGUUCCUGCGUUAUCCAGGAGUAUAAAGUGGGACUUCAUGCCCGUUAAAAUUCGACCAGGAAGUCAUCUUGCCGGGGGUGAUCUCUUCGGUAUUGUGGAUGAAAAUAGUUUAGUCAGACACAAGCUGCUUGUCCAUCCAAAGGCUAUGGGAACGAUUACCUACAUCGCUCCGGAAGGAAGCUAUACCGUUGACGAUGUUAUACUUGAAACAGAAUUUGAUGGGGAAAUAAAAAAGCAUACCAUGCUCCAGCUUUGGCCUGUCCGGACGCCAAGACCAUACACCGAAAAGCUCAAUGCCAAUCAUCCACUUCUCACCGGUCAAAGGGUCCUCGAUGCUCUUUUUCCCUGUGUCCAAGGAGGAACCACAGCGAUCCCGGGUGCGUUUGGAUGUGGAAAAACUGUCAUUUCGCAGUCACUGUCGAAAUACUCUAAUUCCGACGUCAUAGUGUAUGUGGGGUGCGGGGAACGAGGCAACGAGAUGUCAGAAGUCCUUAGGGACUUUCCAGAACUUUCGGUAGAAGUCGAAGGUGCCACAGAAUCAAUUAUGAAGAGGACGACCCUUGUAGCAAACACAUCCAACAUGCCAGUCGCAGCCCGAGAAGCUUCAAUUUACACGGGAAUAACAAUAGCCGAGUAUUUCAGGGAUAUGGGAUACAAUGUAUCAAUGAUGGCAGACUCAACGUCCCGGUGGGCUGAAGCCCUUAGAGAAAUAUCGGGGAGAUUAGCCGAAAUGCCUGCUGACUCUGGAUACCCAGCUUAUCUGGGUGCGCGACUUGCAAGUUUUUAUGAACGUGCAGGGAGAGUUCAAUGCCUGGGAAAUCCUGAACGGGAAGGUUCCGUCAGUGUUGUUGGGGCAGUUUCACCGCCUGGAGGAGAUUUUUCUGACCCAGUUACCAGCGCUACUCUUGGGAUUGUUCAAGUUUUUUGGGGGCUCGAUAAGAAACUUGCACAGCGAAAGCAUUUUCCUGCCAUAAAUUGGCUCCUUUCAUACAGCAAGAAUCUUAGAGCGUUGGAUGAAUUCUACGAAGAGAAUUUUCCAGAGGUUGUCAGUCUUAGAGCUAGGGCUAAUCAGGUCCUUCAGGAGGAACAGGAACUCAGCGAGAUAGUCCAGCUUGUCGGAAAGGGUUCACUAGCCGAAGGGGAUAAGGUCACUCUUGAGGUUGCAAGGAUCUUGAAGGAGGAUUUUCUACAGCAGAAUAGUUAUUCGGUCUAUGACCGUUUUUGUCCGUUUUACAAGACGGUUGGGAUGUUGAAAAAUAUUAUUGGGUUUUAUGAACUGGCAAAAGCAGCUGUUGAAUAUAGCCCACAAGACACACACCUUGCGCACAGGAUAACUUGGGAUAUCAUAAAGGAAUCAAUGCGAGACUUACUUUACAGGAUCGCUUCCAUGAAAUUUCAGGACCCUGGAAACUCCGGAGAAGAUGAAAUACGCGCUGAGUUUGAUAGGAUCCAUGAUGACAUGCAACAGGCAUUCAAAAACCUCGAAGAAUAUUAAAGAAUAGAUCAAAUGUAUGAACUGUGGCGAUAUUUCGUGUUAUUUAGGUUCUAAUUACCUCAUUCUUUAACAUUU